AUGACUUCGUUCAAGACUCUCAGCCUGGUGGCGAUCGUCCUGGUCGUGGCUGCGACUGUCAGUUCGUCGCCGGUACCCUUGGAAAAGGUCGAGGUCUUCACGUCCAACGAUUUGGUGGUCGGCAGUAGACAGGCGAGAGACAGCCUUGUUUACACCGAGAGCAUCACCGAGAAGUUUUUGGUCAGCGGAAAGAAGCUCAUAAUCACCAGAAAUAUCCAGGUGCCCAACGGAUACGUCAUCACACAGGUCAGAGCUACGGACAAGGCUGCCGACGGAACCGGAGCUGAAGCUACCGUCAUUGGAGGUGGUCCCGACAUGGAAUUCAUUAGUUUGAGAUUCAAGAGUCAGAGGUGGCGUGGAAUCUACUUUGACAUUCAAGUUUACGCUAAGCCCAGAUACUAA